UUAAAUUGGCGCGUUAUUCACUCCGACGACUCUUCUCUCUCCCAGCCGUCGGCUUCUAUAUUCCGCAUUGCAGGUACUCGUUAAUUCCAGAAAGUUCCUGAACGCCACAUAGCGGCCACUCCACAACCUUCGGGAUCAGGGAUCAGUCUCUCACCUCUCUUCGAUGCCGAAGGAGAGUCCUUGGCGCGGUUCACAACAGAUGGCGCUAGUAGUACCAUUCAUUCUUGUUACAAUAAUAUAACAUCUAGCAGCGACGGGCAUAUGUAUGAUAGAAUAUCAGUCUUCAUGCGGAAAAUUUCACAUAGUUUUUACUGUGUCAAUAAGUCAUUUAACAAAUUUAAGUUGAAGUACGGCUGUAUCAAUACGUUAUCGCACCUCUAGACCUAUCGCCCUUACAAUCUGUUUUCUAUAUAUUCACUGUUUAACGUAUAAUCACAAAAAAGAUAGGAAAGAAUAUUAGAUCGAUAUACAGAUAACUAAAGAUAAAUCUCGCACUGCACUCACUGGGAUAAAAGUGUAUGCCUUACCGGAAAAUCAUGUUUUGAUCAUUAAAUAGCAAUCGUUAAACAACAUGACAAUUAAAAUAGUUACAAUCAUAGUAAGCUUGUCAUUUUUGCAGUUAUCAACUACCUUUGAUAAUCAGAAAUAUUCUGACGAUGUCGGACUGUACGUCACCCUGAACGAACCACAAAAUAGUACAAUAAAGGGACACUAUUUGACAAGUUUCCUGGGCAGGAAAUAUUAUGCUUUCCAGGAUAUUCCAUUUGCGAUGCCUCCAAUCGGCAAACGAAGGUUUAAGGAAGCAGAACCCACACCGCCAUGGAAAGGAGUCUAUAAUGCUACGCAAAGUAAAAAAAUGUGCCCACAGAAAGUUUCAUUCGUGGUUAUAGGAAAUGAAGAUUGUCUAUACUUGAACGUGUACACACCUGUGAAUCCAAAAAACACUACGAAACGACUACCAGUUUUCUUUUGGAUUCACGGAGGAGCCUUCGUGUAUGGUGGAGGUGGAUACCUAAUGCAGAAUCCCGCAUAUUUCAUGGAUGAAGACGUAGUGGUUGUCACGACGAAUUAUCGAUUAGGAAUUCUAGGAUUUUUAUCGACCGAAGAUUCUGUCAUCCCAGCUAACUUGGGAUUAAAAGACCAAAGAUUAGCCCUAGGGUGGACAUAUGCUAACAUCGACAGAUUUGGCGGAGAUCCUAAAAACAUUGUUAUCGGUGGCGAAAGUGCAGGAGCUGGGUCAGUUGGAUAUCACUUGCUUGAAAUUCAUGAAAAACCAAUGUUCACAGGAGCUUUCCUGGGAAGCGGAACAUCCAUGAACACAUGGACAUAUCAACAGAAUCCCAAAGAAAGAGCUUUCACAGUUGGCAGAAAACUGGACAAACAUUUCGACUCGACAGAUUCAGCGUCGCUUUUAGCUAUACUUCAGAAUGUUACAGUCGCAAAUUUGCUGCAGAUCUGUACUGAGGAACAAAAAUACUUCAACUGGAUUGCUAUUCAACCUGAGGACAAGAAUGGAUAUAAUCCUCCUACUGAUUCGAUAGAAAAUGGAAACUUUAUCAAAGUACCGGUUUUACUAGGAUUCAAUUCUGAAGAACUUUUGUGUCCAUUAGGUUCACGAUCAGGUAACCAUUAUAAACGUGUUUAUGAACAGGCCCUGGAAGCAGAUCUAGAUCCCAGCAAACUCGUAGGAGUUAUUGAUAUUGGAAAGCAAAACGCUACUCAGAUUGGUAUAGAACUCAGGAAAUUCUAUACUAAUGGGUCCUUUACUAACGACUUGCCUGCUUUCGUGAGGUAUCUUUCAGAAUACAAUUUCAUAACUGCAAUAACCAAACAUGCAGAUAGUGCUUCUCAGUUCGUGUUCACCUACUUGUAUCAAUUUUCAUUUAAAUCGUCUACAGCUAGAAAAAGUACUAUACCAGGCAUUGAAGGCACAUGUCAUGGUGAAGAUUUACCAUUUUAUUGGACGGACUAUCGAGUGAAAAUUCCUGAGAAUGAACGAAUAAUUGCUAAGAGAUUCGUGAGAAUAAUAUCUAACUUUAUAAAACAUAAAAGUCCGAUGCCUCAACUAGAUCCUCUUCUAGAAAAUGCAACUUGGCCUGAAGUCCGACCAAACUAUAUACAAUACAUGAAUUUCGGUGAACACUUCAAAGUAGAAAAGAAUCCUAGAAGCUUUUCUAUCAAAGCAGAGUUCUUAGAUAAACAUCUAGUCAAGCCCAUUUAUGUGUAUUAAAUAUCGUCAUUAAAAUGAUAUGAUCUUCAACAAUAUAGACUGUUUUAUUUGUUGUGA